GAUGUUUCUAAUUGCCUGUGAGAAUCAACCAAUAGGAAUGCAGUUGGAUAUUCCCCGCGGUUUUUAACUGGCGGCUGUCUGUAGUUAAACUUGGUGUUAUAACAGUAAAGCUGUGAAUGUCAGCACAGGAUCAACCGGCAUUCGUUGUUCUGGACACUAAUCAAGGAACUAUAACUAUUGAACUUUAUUGGAAGCAUGCGCCGAAAACCUGCCUUAAUUUUGCUGAGUUAGCAAAGCGUGGUUACUACAAUGGUGUUGCCUUUCAUCGUGUUAUCCGGGAUUUUAUGAUACAAGGAGGAGAUCCAACAGGUACUGGCCGAGGCGGAGCAUCAAUAUAUGGCGCUUAUUUUGCGGAUGAAAUUCACGCUGACCUAAAGCACACUGGAGCUGGAGUUGUUUCAAUGGCAAAUGCCGGUCCAAAUACGAAUGGCAGUCAGUUUUUUAUAACUUUGGCUCCUACCCAGUGGCUAGAUGGUAAACAUACUAUUUUUGGACGUGUUGCCUCCGGUAUGAAAGUUGUCCAGCGCCUAGGUAUGGUCGAUGUUGAUCAAGCAGAGAGGCCUCGUGAGCUUAUCAAAAUAAAUCGUGCGAGCACGACAAAUGCUAUAUAAAUUACCUCACCGAUACCUAAAUUUGUAUAAAAUUUACUAAUCAAAUAUUGUAUAAUCUGUGACGUUUAUUUUGACCCUCAGGCGGCAGGCCUAUUUAGCCAUUACGGAAAUUCCGGGUUAAUACCAGUCCUGUUGUCCAAACAUGCAUUUGUACUUGUAGAACAUUGUUCUAUUCUGACAUCACAGAAAAAGUAUCCGGCUAUUUCAUCAGAUAUUAUUCUUUCUGUAUAUAUGAUUAUAGAACGUAUUAAUACGGUAAAACAACUACUUUCUGUCAAUGUUGCUUUUUCUGACGCAUAUGGAAAACAAUUUCCAGUUUGUUACACUCAGCAUCAUAACUGCGAUAACGUUUACGAGUAUUAAAUCGAAUACUUUAUUCCAUACAUUAAGUUUUAGCAAGUCGU